GCAUCUCAGUCCACGUCGGCCAGGCCGGCGUCCAGAUGGGCAACACCUGCUGGGAGCUGUACUGCCUGGAGCACGGCAUCCAGCCCGACGGGCAGAUGCCCAGCGACAAAACCAUCGGUGGAGGGGACGACUCCUUCACCACCUUCUUCUGUGAGACCGGGGCUGGGAAGCAUGUCCCACGGGCCAUCUUCGUGGACCUGGAGCCCACCGUGAUCGAUGAGGUUCGGGGAGGAGUCUACCGCCAGCUCUUCCACCCUGAACAGAUGAUCACCGGCAAGGAGGAUGCUGCCAACAACUACGCCCGCGGGCACUACACCAUCGGCAAAGAGAUCAUCGACCAAGUACUGGACAGGAUCCGGAAGCUGCGCGAGUGCAUCUCAGUCCACGUCGGCCAGGCCGGCGUCCAGAUGGGCAACACCUGCUGGGAGCUGUACUGCCUGGAGCACGGCAUCCAGCCCGACGGGCAGAUGCCCAGCGACAAAACCAUCGGUGGAGGGGACGACUCCUUCACCACCUUCUUCUGUGAGACCGGGGCUGGGAAGCAUGUCCCACGGGCCAUCUUCGUGGACCUGGAGCCCACCGUGAUCGAUGAGGUUCGGGGAGGAGUCUACCGCCAGCUCUUCCACCCUGAACAGAUGAUCACCGGCAAGGAGGAUGCUGCCAACAACUACGCCCGCGGGCACUACACCAUCGGCAAAGAGAUCAUCGACCAAGUACUGGACAGGAUCCGGAAGCUGGCUGACCAGUGCACGGGACUCCAGGGAUUCCUCGUGUUUCGCAGUUUCGGAGGAGGAACUGGCUCCGGAUUCACCUCCCUGUUGAUGGAGCGACUCUCAGUGGACUAUGGCAAGAAGUCCAAGUUGGAGUUCUCCAUCUACCCCGCACCACAGGUCUCCACCGCUGUGGUGGAGCCCUACAACUCCAUCCUCACCACCCACACUACCCUGGAGCACUCGGACUGUGCUUUCAUGGUGGACAACGAGGCCAUCUAUGACAUCUGCCGCAGGAACCUGGACAUCGAGCGCCCGACCUACACCAACUUGAACAGACUCAUCAGCCAGGUUGUCUCAUCCAUCACAGCAUCGCUGCGUUUCGACGGGGCCCUGAACGUUGACCUGACCGAGUUCCAGACCAACCUGGUGCCCUACCCUCGCAUCCACUUCCCCCUGGCCACCUACGCUCCUGUGGUUUCAGCCGAGAGAGCUUAUCACGAGCAGCUGUCGGUGGCCGAGAUCACUAACUCCUGCUUUGAGCCGGCCAACCAGAUGGUGAAGGGCGACCCUCGGUUCAAGGUGGGCAUCAACUACCAGCCGCCCACGGUGGUGCCGGGGGGGGACCUGGCCAAGGUGCAGCGCGCCGUCUGCAUGCUGAGCAACACCACGGCCAUCGCCGAGGCCUGGGCUCGCCUGGACCACAAGUUCGACCUGAUGUACGCCAAGCGAGCCUUCGUACACUGGUAUGUGGGCGAGGGCAUGGAGGAAGGGGAGUUUUCCGAGGCGCGGGAAGACAUGGCCGCUCUGGAGAAGGACUACGAGGAGGUGGGCCUGGACUCCUACGAGGACGAAGAGGAGGGUGAGGAGUAGAGAAGCCCCUGCCAGAAAGGACCGUGCUCCUUCUCCAUGUUACCUGCAGAAACCCUUUGCAAUAAACCAUUUCAGAGCUUCCGUGUCUCCCACUGCACCCCCAGCCUUCUCGGUUUCUUGCCAGGUCAGGUGUGUGGUGAGUGCUUCAGCUCUGCUGCUGGUGCUGCUAUGCUUCCUCCCAGCGCUCCGCUCCAGCUCCGGCUUGGCCCCCACAUAGGUA